AUGCUGUCUGCGACCGCGCUGAUAACAUGGGCACCCAAAUGUAGCGAGAGUCACUUCUACAAGAAGAGUAGCAAGGAUAUUGUGCCGAGCCCUUGCUUCACGACCAAGGCUACAACUAUUGGUUUUUUGCGCACAGUACUUGAAACUGGUGACUUGAGCAUGGAUACCGAAGCAAAGAAGCUCAGCUCUGCAGCUUCGACUGAGGCAGAUGCCGCUUUAGGUUUCCUUGCCUCAGAAGGAACGGCGGCAUUUACUGAGAUUGUUGAAGAGAAGCUUGUUCGUAAGAUUGACUGGACGAUCGUACCACUUAUGUGGUACAAGAGGAAUGGCAAGGUGUAUCUCUCGUGGCGGGGACCCUUGCUAACCUUCGCAAAACAGCCCAAGCGGAUAGGUUUCUGGUAUUUAGGUACUGGAACUGCCACCAUCAUCGGAGCUCUCGUUGCACACGGACUCCUCUUCUAUACAGGUGGCUGCUUCCGGUCCUGGCAGAUCAUGUUCCUCAUCUUUGAGCUGAUCACCAUCGCUGUGGGAAUAUGUUUCAUGAUUUUCCUCCCAGACAAUCCCAUGGCGUCCCGGCUGGCCCAUGAGGAGAAACUGUUCGCGAUUGAGAGUCUCCGGGAGAAUCGGACAGGUAUCGAGAACAAGCAUUUCAAAAUGUACCAAUUCGUAGAAGUAUUCAAGGACCCCCCGACCUACUUCAUCGCCGUGAUCGUGGCCGCAAUGAACAUCUCCAACGCCGCCAUCAGCAGUUUCUCCGUGCUGAUCAUCAGAAGCUUCGGCUACACGACCAAGGAAACCGAGCUGCUCACCAUCCCGGGCGGUGUGGUCAGCGUUAUUAGCAUUGUCACAGGCACAUAUCUGGCCGGUCGUUUUGAUCAGCGAUGCCUGAGCCUCAUAGGGAUCCUUGCCUGCGGACUCCUCGGAGGCUGCUUGAUGGCAUUCUCCCAUGAGGAAACGAAAGCCGCCGAGCUAGCUGGCAACUAUCUGACCACCUGUGUCGGGGCCGCUCUGCCGCUGAUGUACUCCAUCUCUGGUGCUAAUGUCGUAGGCCACACCAAGAAAGUCACCCUGAAUACUAUCGUGCUGAUGUCGUUCUGUCUCGGAAAUAUUCUAGGUCCGUUGACGUUCCGCACGGAAGACGAGCCAGACUAUAUGCCAGCGAAGAUUGCGAUCGUGGCAACGGUCUCAGUAGCGGUUGUUUUUUCUGUCCUGUUGAAGUGCUACUAUAUGUAUGAGAAUCGGCGUCGCGACAUACAGGCCGAGGGACAUGGUCCGGAGAACUCUGACUUUUUUGGAUCUGACGGACAGGGAGAAUCCGGUCGUCUACGGUAUAGCAUGUUCUGA